AUGGGUGUAGCGACUACUGCUCGUAAGCACGUUGGGAAGAAAAGACCUCCACAUGCUCACGCCUCCCUCCCUCAAGAAAUGUCGACACUUUCCCAAAGUCAGAUCAUUCUGGAGGAUGACACUCAUGAACAGGGGAAUGAUCAGAGCGUUUCAGUGCAGCAAGGCGAUGCUGCUCCCAAUCUGAAUUCAGCAAUUCCAAUAUCGACGGAUGGUGAUCGAUUAAUGGAUAACUCUGGGUCGGUUCCAGACCUCGCGUCGCUGGAAGAAAUUCUAUGCUCGAUGGACGAUGAUGAAUUAAUGGAUACCCUUGGGCCGAAUUCGGACCAUGCGUCAUUGGAAGAAAUUACAAACUCAAUGGAUGAUGAUGAAUUAAAGGAAUAUAUUAGGUCGGAUUCGAAUCUCGCACCACUGGGAGAAAUUCCAGACUCAACGGAUGCUGGUGGAUUGAUGGAAAUCCUCGGGUCGGAUUCGGACCUUGAGGAACUGGAAGCGGAAAUCGCAGCUUUUAACGCUGUUGUUAAUGAUUUUCUUCGGGCGCACCGUGGGUCAUAA